AGCAUUGUUUGGGGUUUGAGGUUAAUUGGAUUUUGUUAAUAUUGAUACUAAUACUGUACUGUCAUUGUGUCUUACAACUAGUAUUUCUAGUUUUCGCAGUUUAAUUUGCUAUUAUAGUUUGCUUUGAAUCUAUUAAGGAGUCAGAUUCAACGCACGAUGAAACCCACAGUUGUCGCUGAUGAAAUGUUCCCAGAAGGAGCAGGACCUUACAUGGAUAUCGAGGAGGCGGAGGAAUCCUCAGGCAUUCUGCUUGAUCUGGCCGCCAAUGACAAGGCUGUGCACGGUGACUUUUUCAAUGAUUUCGAGGACUUAUAUGAUGAUGAAGAUCUCGAGUGACAAGACCUCUGCUCUCCUUCUAUCAUACUGUUCCUUAAACUCAGCAUACCAUGCAUCAAAUUCCUCAUCUAGAAUUUAAGUUUGUUUUGAUUUCUUAAUUUUUAAUUUCCCUGAUAAUGUUAUUAUGUAAAUAUAUUUUUUACUUUUACCAAAAGAAGCA